AUGAGAAAGACCCCAAAUUCCAUGCCCGUUGUCAAGCAGCAGCUACCUGUCGCCACGGACCGCAAAGUAAUUCAUCAUGCUUCUGUUGCCGACGGAUACAAGAUCCGUUCUCGAUUCCUGGAUCGUCUCGGGAUCUCUCCCUUGAAUAGCAAUAGACAAAGCAAAUGCCGACGAGUUGCUGAUUGUUGUGUCUCUCCUUCCUCUUCUUCCGACAUGUUGGGUGCACCUCGCCAACAGCAACAGCGACGACGAACCACAAAGCAAGAACUUCUAAAGAAGGACCACGGUCAACCCGAUGAAAACUUGGGCCCUGCUUCCUAUUCCGAAAGCUCUUUCUCUCCCAAGACACGCGGGUUGUUCCGAAGACUGAGCAACAGCAAGUUGCAGCAAACCAAGACUGUGUCCUUUGCCAAUGCCGUCGAGGUCAUUUCCAUUCCUUCCCAUCACUCCUACUCGAAUCGCAUCAAGAACUCUUUCUGGACCAACUCGGCUGAAAUGAAGCAAAACUAUGCUCGGAAUGUGUUGGAGUUCUCGGCGGAGGGCUGGGAUUACCGACAGGUCGUCGAAGAAGAUCAAUUCUAUGUUACGGAACGUGGACGAGAACUUUUCUUGGUCCAUCCAGUCCAUCUCCUCCUUCAGCAGCAGCAACGAGAACGAAAUCUUCGCUGGCACUCCUUCUGCGCCGUCAUGUCUGCUCAAAAGCAGCAACAUGCCAUGCAAUACUGA